UUAGCCAAUCAGAGUGCGCGGUGAAUCCAAUCUAAGUUUCAAUAAGGGGAUCAAAGAAGGAAAGCUUUUAAAAACCAGCAAAAUUGCAUUUCAUUUCUAAAUGAAAAGAGUCUUAAUUCAUUGAAGGUUGUGCUUCUGAAGGGUCGGCAUGGACAUUACCGUUGAGCUUACAAAGUAUAGCUACAGAUCAUGUUACUGACAUCGAAUUCGACGAUUUCUUUUAGUCGCAACGAAACUUCACUGGGCCAAAACAACUGCUCCUACUUGAUUGUCGAUUCGACUGCCGAGAGAAUUUCCAAACUUUUCGCUUAUUGUUUUAUUUUACUGGGAAGUUUUUUGGGGAACAUCUCCAUAAUCAUCAUCGUCUACAAACACCGAGAUUUGCGAAAGACAGUGAACUAUUUCAUUUUGAACAUGGCUGUGUCUGACCUGCUGCUCCCGCUGAGUGCUAUCCCUGUUGAAAUCACUCAACUGAUGACUGACUCUCGGCAUUGGAACGUGAGUGGAAUCUUAGGCUCGAUUUUUUGUGCGUCUUAUUAUUUUAUCCGUGAUUUUUCCCUCCAUGUUUCCACUCAAAGCUUGGAGGCUAUCGCAGUGUAUAUUUGGCUUCAUCCGACCUUUGUAUCUAUCGUUCCGUUAUUUGUGAUAACCGUUUUAUAUUUUGUGAUAGCAGUUUCCUUGAAAAAACAGAGUAAAGCCCUCACGGACACCGCACCAAGUCUGCAACGACAUUCACUAAAGAAACGAAGACAAGAUAUUCGAGUGGCGGUUGCUAUCGUAGUUUCGUUUUACAUUUGUGCUAUUCCUCAAACGCUAGUAUAUUUCGUAUCCCACUUGAGACCUUCUUGUGCUUUUUUAACACCAUCUGUUUACUUCAUCGCGAGUUUUGCGUUUUCCUCGUCUACUGUUGUCAAUCCAACAAUUUGCUUGUCAUUUGUUGGAAGUUACCGUCGUGGAUUGAGAAACAUUUUGUGUUCCUUCGUCACGAAGCGGAACAAUAAGGUGACGAAAUGCGAGCAAAUAACUCUUAAGAGAAUAAGGCAUAUUCCUGAUGGAAACUGUGGAUGACACAGGAAACCAAGAGGAAACAUUGGAUGCCUUCUUUGUGGUGAAACUCGUGAGGUGUCAGCAUUUGGCUUAACAAGCACGAAAUCCUUUGAGAAAGGAAGAAACGUCUUUAUCACUGUUCACGACUCGAGGAAGUUAGAAGAAAGAAAUAAGACAACUGAACUUUUGAGAACCUAGUACAAUGCUAUUUCGGGUAAUUUUUUUAAAAUUUGAAACUGGAAGUUUUGGUUCAAUAGAAUUCCUCAUCGGAU